AUGGUUUCUGCGGUUGAAGUAUGCGAUAAAUCAUCUCAUGCCAAUUCAGAAUUAAAAACAAAUUAUCAUAAUAUUUCAAGAUAUUUGAGACAUAAAAAACAAAGAUUGAAAAUGAUGUCUGCUCUUGAAAAGCAAGAACAGGCAAAAACAACCCGACAUUGGUCAUUCAGUUUCAGCACCGAAAAUUAUUACAAACGUGAUAUUGUGUCUUUAUGA